AUGAAAACUCAUCACAUCUCAUUAUUUCCCUUGCAAACCACCAUCCCCUUUGUAUACCCAGGCCUGUCCCCCUCGGGGAACAGCCUCGUCCCCAACAGCGGCCCGCACUGCCCGACCAUAUUCAGCACCGCGAUUCCCACCCCCCGUUUGGUGUCGCUCCCCUGGUUAUUCAACGUCCACGGAAGGACAUUGGCUAUACUAGGAAAGACACCCCCAGCAGCCAAAAAAACAGAAAAAUACCGGACCGAAACGAGGUGUUCUGGCAGGGUUGCUAGUAGCACGUACCCCGCCCCACCGACGAGGGAAAGACAAAUGAUUGUCAGGCCGCGUUGCUGGGUUUUGUCGGCGAGGUAA